AUGACUAUUAACAUUUUAAAAAUAUUUAAAGCAAUAUUUUUAAAUAAACCAUCAAAAAUACCAUUUUUAAAUUCAAGUAAUUUAAGUCUAAAACAUUUUUUAAGUAGAAGGGGAUAGAAUACGGUUUUAUAAAAUAGAUUGAGAAAGAGGUCGAUAGGAAUUUAAAUAUUUAUGAUUUAUACAAAGACAUAAUUUUUUUGA